AUGUCUGCUGUAUCAGGCCCGGCGACGACUGAAGAGCUGAUUCAGCGAUGUCGGUCAGCCUCGAAUGUCAAGGAACAGAUAGUGCUGCGGGAAUUGGUGACGAGCAUGAUCUAUACAUUUGAGGAGCAACCAUUGCCUUCAUUUAUGCCGGAAGUCGUGCAACUCGCCUCCAUUGCUACCGAUGAGGAGUAUCGGACAAUCAUAGCCACGUUUGCGAACAGGAUCAUCCACGGCACCGCUGAUGGCGAUGUGCUGAGUCCAAAGCUUCUCCUUAACUUCACUCGGGUUUUGCGGCGGGCGCCUGAUGUGCUGUCGGCCGAAACUGCCCAUCUGGGGUCUGUGCUGGACAGUCUGCGAGAACGGCUGGAGAAAGCAGCUCAUCGGGCAGAAGUUGCAACACAGUACCAUCUAUGCCGCGUGCUGUCCAGGCUACUGGAUGCCAUGCUCGAUAUUAAAAUCACGGGUCUCAAUCGGGAGUAUCUUCAUCAACCACUCCUGCUCAAGUUGAGAGGGCUGCAGAAUAAUCAGGAGCCCCGUCUAGCUGAGGCAGCCGGCUAUGCGUACCAGGGAUUGCUGAGCAUCUCCAAUGACGAGGGCACCUUCGAGGCCUUUUGGCGGCACACCGGAACACUCGUCCUGGCCGCGUCUAAGAUCGCAGGGGCAGUGCCUACACUGGACCCAUCUAAGAUCUUUGAUGCCACUCCCGAAGUGAUGAACCUGCUGUCGACAAUCAGCUCCAUGGUGGGCGGUGUUCAACGCAUCUACAGUGCAUCGCAAGAAUCGAAAGAUGUGGUCGAGGCUCUCCGGGCACUGUCGAGGCAAGAAGGAUGGUAUGUGGCUCUCCGGUAUUCGGAAAUUCUCCUCACAGCUGGUGCAUACCAGAUGCUGGAGGACUUUAUCCAACGAUCGCCAUGCUAUGAUAUGGAACGAUUCUGGAGCGGUUUACUGGCGCAACUGGAGCGGGCUUGGGUUGGCGGCUCGUCGCAUACCAAGGGCAGUGUAAAAAGGGUCAUCGAGAUUGCAAUUCCUUUAAUCAAGGCGAAGUAUGGACUUGCGCAGAGAUGGAUUGGCGUCGUGGCCGACACAUUGGAUCAGCCAACGUGGAGACCCGAGCCAGUUGAUGUGCGUCACAAAAUCCGAUUUUGGAAAAACGACGACUACAACUCCGGAAACCUUCUGGUUUUUUCGGCCGUGGACAGUUCGUUGCAGGCUGACCCAUCAAAGUUACUGCUUAAGGCUCUCCCAGGUUGUGAAGAAGCCAUGCGGUUCUAUGUGGAUUCUGAACUGCGUAGACAGUAUACCAAGGGGGGACUUUUGGAGAUCAAGCGCCUUUCUGGGGAAUUAUUGGAUAUGGAGCAAUGCUAUAUCAAUCUUACCCUAGUGGAGCAUUCGGGAGGCCUUGAAAGCGGCCAGAAAGACAAGAACCAGGCCUCGGCAUUCACUCUCUUCAGCCGUUUGCAGGUUGGACCUGAUGCUGCGGACCAGAAUGUGCCGCUGCCUUCGAUCUUCAAAGCAAGGCGUCUUUUGGAUGGUACCAAAAUUCAUCCACGGCGCAUCUUGAUUAGAGGUCGUGCAGGUGUGGGCAAAACGACACUCUGCAAGAAAAUCGUCCACGACUUCCUCAAUGGCCAGCUUUGGGGAGAUCAUUUUGAUCGCUUGAUUUGGAUUCCUUUGCGUAGUCUCAAGAGUAAGGCUAGCCCGAAGGAAUUACUUCAAGACUACUUCAAAUAUUGUCCCUCUCAACUGGGAUCUGAAUCCCUUGUUUCCGCCUUGUGGGCCAGCAUGUUUGGUCCGAACAAUGCGCAGACAUUGCUGCUCCUGGACGGUCUUGAUGAAAUUUCAGAUGAGCGCAGUUCUGGCGCUGGUGACAUGACCGAUUCCCUCAAGGACCUGUUAAACUACUCCAAUGUUAUAAUCACAUCUAGACCGUCUGCCGUUGGGCUUCCGGGAGUCAAUCAAUUUGAUCUGGAGUUAGAGACUGUGGGCUUCCAGCAGAAUCAGGUCACAGCUUACCUGAACAAGGUUGUAGUGGAUUCUACGAAACGAAAGGAAAUGCAGGAGUUCAUCAAUCAGCACUGUCUAAUCCAAGGUCUCAUCCAGAUUCCCAUCCAGCUAGAUGCCCUAUGCUAUUCAUGGGAUGAUGAAUUGCGCAAGAAAGACAUGCCAAAGACAAUGACUGCUCUCUACCAAGCAAUCGAGCACAACCUGUGGAAAAAGGACGUGCUACGCCUAGAAAAGCGAAAUGAACGGGUUCUUCUGAGCGAAAACCAGACCCAAAAGCUACGCCAGCGGUCUCAGCUGCAGGCCUUUGUUGGGCGUGAGAUGGAAAUGCUCGAGCUUUUUGCGUUCACAGGCCUGCAGAACGACAUUAUUGAAUUUUCACCCCGUCAUCGAGAUCGGUUGUAUGAGAAUUCAGGAAUUUUGGGGAUGUCCGACGAUAUACUCGACGGUUCUUCAUUCCUCCGUACAUCUGACUUAUCCAAGAGAGCCUCAACGACGUAUCAUUUUCUUCAUCUCACUUUCCAAGAGUUCUUUGCGGCUCAGUACUUUGUCCGAUGCUGGGUUUCUGGCCAAGAUAUUACCCUUCUCAGUCUCCGUGCCUCGCAAAAAGCUGCUACGACUAUUGCACCAGAUAAGUUGGUUGAAGAGGAAAAGUAUAAUGGUCGUUAUGAUAUCUUCUGGCGAUUUGUGGCUGGUUUAUUAUAUUUCAAAGACACAGCCCAGCUAUAUCGGUUCUUUCAGAAGAUCGAAGAGAAACCCCAUGACAUGCUUGGUCCUUCACAUCUGCGACUUUUGAUGCACUGCUUCAGUGAAGUUCCUUGUUCUGAUCAGAAGCUCCCCGUUGAGAAAAUCCGCAAAAAGCUAGAGGAUCGUUGUUUGCAGUGGACUAACUGGGAGUGCUCAACCUUCGGCUAUUUUGCCCUCUGUAAGGAAACAGAAUUUCCAGAUAGUGUGGUGUUCCAGAUCCUUGCAGAACAGCCAUAUCCUGCUGGCAAAACGAAACUCAAACUGUUUUUGUCCGCGCUGGGAGCAAGAAACCAACAACCAUCCGUUGGCAUUCAAGAAUUAGUUUGGGAUAUUCUACGGCAAGACCCGCCCUGGGAGAUCAAACGGAGAUGCCUGGUAGUAAUAAGCCCACAAACUUCACUCCCAAACAAAAUUUUGGAUGACCUUGUUUCUAUGUUGACAGACUCGGAUCCCAAAAAGCGGCGCGUUCCAUUCUCCAUCCUCGGCACCGUUCCCGAGUGGCCACUAUCGGAACAGGUCGAGGCAAAAAUGGUGCAUUGUUUGAGUGACACUGACGCGAAAGUUAGGACCAUAGCCUACGAUUUUUUGCAAUCCUGGCCAGAGCGUCCGAUGAGAUUCAUUGAUACGAUUGGAGCCUUCUUAGAGGAUCCAGCGGUUGAUGUUCGAUGUCUUUCUGCACUGCUUCUGGCAAAUGUCUCCACUUUGCCUGAGAAUACCAUGGAGAGUCUUCUUCCCACACUAGCCAUGUCCGAUUCAAACACAAAACAAGUCUUCCUAGAUGUUCUAGAAAGCGACGAGAAAAAAAGUCGUUAUCUGUGUUGCCGGAGGAGACCAUCAAUUUUUUGUCAGGGCAAUUGA